AUGGCUUCUUCUAAUAAUACCUUCAACCACUACUCCUACCAGUCUCGCGUCUCUUCUUCUGUAGAAUCGGCGCCCUCUCUGGUCUUCAGCGAUCAUAGCGACGAUUCCGAGGUAAUCAGCAUGCCUGUUCAAGUCAUUCCGUAUCAAGAGCGCCCUAACAACCCGAAGGAGAAACUUGCCGACGCGAUCAGCGAUCUCGCGAUGAGUUCGUCAGGCGGAUACGUGGAUGCGAGCAUCAUAAUCCAGCAAGUGCUCGUCCAGCUUGAUGCUGUCGUCAACCAUCUACGCGCACAAGGCGAGAAUGAUGCUGCCAACGAUAUCGCGAAAAACACGAUUGACACGGUCAAGUCCUUCAACAGCGCAACCGCGCCAUGGGAUCUACAGAUGUUCCUAAUGGAGCCACCUUCUGCGAAGCCUGUUCCUGGUCUGGCCAACUCCGGCACUGCAUCUCAGCCUCGUCCUGCUGUUGCGACUGGAGGAAGCUGGGCUUCGAUUGCCGCAAAAUCUAUUGGUCAUGGAGCCAAUCCUCUGAUCAAGUUCCACCCUUCCGAUUCGAUCGUCAAGCGCUACAAAGAACCCAAAGAAACUCCUGCAGACCUGCGUGUCGUCUGGAUUCAAGGCUGGGCCAAAGGUCGACCUCUUGGACAGAUCUCUGAAUAUGUCACCCAAGGUCCGAUCUGCUCUAUGGCUUAUGCUGCCGACUAUGGCGCGGUCUGCAUCGUCUUCCAGUAUGCCGAGUCCGCUCAGGCUCUCUUCGACUCCUGCAACCUCUACCAAGACAACGAGGGAGAAUGCUUGUUCGGCGUUGGCUGCAAGGUUCAGAUGGGACAGCCGUACCCACUGACCGAUGACUUGAGACGCAUGGGUGGUCCAGUUCACGAGCGUCGGCGUUUGACAUUUGCCCGGUCACAGAUGUUUGCUCAUGGCAUGACCGAAACCAGAUUCCGCAACGACAUCUAUGAAUUGGUUGGCGAAGCUAAUGUCGAGCUCGUCUGGUUGUUCAAUUCUGGCAAUGCCACGGUUGUCUUCGCCUCAACGGGUAUUGCUCGCAUCGUGCGCGAAGCCUUCCUCCGUCGCUCCAAACAGCGCGGCCCAUACGAGAAUGUCCACGUCAGCUACUCACAUGAUCCCUGCGAGAAGCCCAUGAACCUCAUCACCCAACUGGGCGCUCAGCCGGCGAGCAACAAGCAGCGUCCCCGAAGUGAUAGCGCCAAGAGUGCUGGUAAUGGCAAUGGACUUCAUCGAUCCAAUACGCGCAACGGUGGUGGAGGUGGCGUUGUGAGACGCAACUCGAAGAAGGUACCGGCCAAGGAUAGUGAUGGCUGGCAGACGGUCUGCCACAAGAAGUAG